AGAAUGUGAAUUAUUUAAAGUACAGAAUGUCGAUUUCUUCAGCUUCAAAGCGCUCAAUUGUUAUUUCUCCCCGUGUGCACCUGUAUCUUGGCAGGGAAUGAUUGAAUGAUGAAGCGCAACAAAUGUAACGCCGGGGGAAGGCGUUGCAAGCUUAUUUGUAAGAUGACACACACAUUUGUUGCACGCCUUGUGGAUCAGGCCCCGGGAACUCGGCCGGUCUGAUGGAGGAUUUUUCUCCCUCGGUGUAAGGUGGCGCACCUGUCACUUGCGGAUCGGGCCGGGCGUUUCCGUGAACUGACGGAAAGAGGCGAGCCGCCGACACCAGGGGCAUUGUGCUGGCUCUGUAUGUGUGUGUGUGUGUGUCAAACGCUGCAAGGAGCGGAGUGAUAACGAGAAGGAACACACACUCACACACACACACACACACACACACGGAGAGAGUCCACCUUUCACCACUCCAUGUGACACCGCUGCCUCAGCAUUUACCGACUCGCCAUGUGUGGAGACACCUCGCCUUACCUGCUCUUGCCGCUGCUGCUUUUCGCCACCGGCUUUCGCCUGACAUUUGGAGAAAACCUUCCCAUUUGCAAAGAGUCGGAUUACUACUUUGAAUACACGGAGUGUGAUGGUCGUGGAUUGAGGUGGAGAGUGGCUGUACCACAUGUGCCAGGAAAAUGCCUAGGACUGCCAGAGCCAAUCAGCGGCACAUCAUGCGCUUUCUCCUGUGAAGCGGGUCAGUUUUUGGACAUGAAGGACCAAUUGUGCAAAGACUGCAUAGUUGGCACUUACUCCCUCGGCACUGGUAUUGAGUUCAACGAGUGGGUGACUGUCCCACCAGGGUUUGUUAACUCGGCUGCAGCUCAGGAUGCCUCGCUGGAAGACUCAGCUGAGAACUGUACUAUGUCAAUGUGGACUCCUGAAGGUGACUUCAUAGCUUCCAACAACGACGAGUGUACGGCAGCGCUGAUGUAUGCUGUGACCCUGAAACAAUCUGGCAACGUAUCGUUUGAAUAUCUCUACCCUGACACGACAAUCCUCUUCAAGUUCUUUGUUCAGAAUGACCAGUGUCAAUCAGUAGAGAAUGAGCAUAAAUGGAUGAAGAAAACAGAAAGAAAUCAAUGGAACCGUCAAACGGCCAAAUUGAAUCGGGGUAACAAUGUCCUGUACUGGCAAACAACAAGGUUUUCGCUGGGCAUGAAGCAACCAAAGCCAGUUCUCAUCAGAAACAUUCUUAUCACAGGGGUGGCCUACACAUCGGAAUGUUUCCCAUGUAAACCUGGUACAUUCAAUGAAAAGUCUGGCUCCUCCCAUUGCGACAUCUGCCCAAGGAAUACCUACUCUCCAAGAGGUGCAACCUCUUGCCUAACCUGUCAUAAAGACCAAUAUUCAGAACCUGGCCAAGGAACUUGCAAGCAACGGCAACCGUGCUCAGAGAAGGACUAUUUCUCCACACACACGCCGUGCGAUUCAGAAGGGCAGACUCAGAUCAUGUACAAGUGGAUUGAGCCCAAGCUGUGCAGCGAAGUUGUGAUGGGAGCAGUGAAGCUUCCUGACUCGGGAGCCAAGAAGCCAUGCAAGCCUUGUAACCCAGGCUUUGCCCCAGCCAAUACCACCGGCUGCCAACCUUGUCCAUUUGGCUUUUACUCAGAUGGAUCUGAAGUCUGCACCAAGUGUGCUGUUGGAACGGAACCAAUCCAGGGUUUUGAAUACAAGUGGUGGAACACCUUGCCUAUAAAUAUGGCCAGUUCCUGCUUCAGUGGGAUGGAACAAGGCUGUGGUGGAAUGAACGGAUGGGAGGUGGCUGGGGACCAUGUGCACAGCACAGUGGCAGGAGCCGACAAUAAUUACUUGAUGCUGUCAAUGGCGGUUCUCGGAUUCAGACCCCCGCAGUCGGCCAUCGUGAAUGAAGACAACCCGGAGAUCGCUCGCAUCACCUUCAUCUUUGAGACGGUGUGCAGCGCCGACUGCGAGCUACACUUCCGCGUGGGGCUCACAACAGAAAUUACACGGUCAGUGGAAAUCUGGAGCGGCUCGAGGGAGAAACAGUCGUACACGUACGUUAUUGAAAGAAGCUCGCCUCUCGCCUUUGUCUGGACAUUCCAACGCAGUGCGUCGUUUGAAGAGAGCCAGAAGUAUUCAUCGGAUGUGGCCAAGAUCUACUCCAUCAACGUGAGCAAUGUGGCGGGGGGUGUGGCGUCGCACUGUGGACCUUGUGCCUUGGAGUCAACCUCCUCGGGAUCUCUCUGCGUGACCUGUGCUUCAGGACAGUAUGUCAACAAGGAGAUCAGCAAAUGCCAGGCAUGCCCACCGAACACACACCUCAAACCUCAUCACUACGUGGGGAAGGAGUCCUGUGUCCCCUGUGGCCCUGGCACCCAAAGUAAUUUGAACCACAGCCUGUGUUACAAUGACUGCAGAUUCGUGUAUCGAGAAGGGCAGAAGUCUUGGGAGUACGACUUCAGUCGUCUCAGCAACCUCACCAGUGUUACAAGUGAGCCCCGGUUUACUCCGAAAGGCGUCCGCUUCUUUCAUCAUUUCAACAUCGGCCUGUGUGGGAACCAGGGAAGGAAACUGGCCUCCUGUGUGGACAAUGUAACCCUGGACGAGUUCUUCGAUGAGGGGGAAGGAUUUGCCAGAUCUGUCACGUCUUAUAUCUGCCAGUCUACACUUGUUCCGUCCGAUCUGGUGGGAUUUAGAACCGUCAUGUCUUCCCAUCCCAUCAAUCUCGCUGAUCAUUUAAUAGGAGUAACCACUCAAACAGAGCUCGAUAACAUUAAGGCCGCGGCUGACCUCUUUCCAAGCAGAAAAUUUGGAGCAUUGCCUGAUACUAUCUUCUAUUACAGAUCUACUGAAUCCACGCAGACCUGUAAGAAUGGGAGAGCGUCCACUGUGAGACUGAGAUGCAAACCUGGAAAUGUUGGAUCAGGAACCAUUUCUGUGCCAAAGAAGUGCCAGGAAGGAACAUGCGACGGCUGUACGUUCCACUUCUUGUGGGAGACGGCAGAGGCCUGCCCUCUCUGCUCAAAUAGUGAUUACCACGAGAUAGAGGGCGCUUGCGUUAAUGGAAUCCAGAAAACUACCUACCUGUGGUGGGAGCCCAAGCUGUGCAAAGGAGGUGUGGCAUUACCUGAACAAAGAGUGUCAACAUGCAAGACAAUAGACUUCUUCUUGAAAAUCGGAAUAAUCACAGGGACAAUUACGGCUUGCUUGCUGAUAGCUACAACGUGUUAUUUCUACAAGAAAAAUCGGAAGUUGGAGUACAAGUACUCCAAACUGAUAAUAAAUGCCAGCGCCAAGGAUGGUGAGUUGCCAGCUGUGGACAGCUGUGCCAUCAUGGAAGGGGAAGACAUGGAGGAUGAUCUGAUCUUCAUGAGCAAGAAGUCCUUGUUUGGAAAGAUCAAGUCAAUUGCUGUGAAGCCUUCAUAUACACUUGAUCCCGGCAUAGAAGAAUGUUUUGCCCUGGGAAACAGAGUCUUUGACUGAAGCACAAUGCCCUCCACUUAGAUAGAAAUGAGAACGUCAGAUGGUUUUGAUUGUGUCCCACUGAAAUCCUCAUCGGGAUCUGCAGACAUGGAACUGUAACUUGAGCUGCAGCAGGCACGGCUUUGCUGCUGCACUCACUGAAGUGGCCUUUACUGAGCCACGUUUGAACUACGAGUACUGUGUUAAAGAGAGUUAUCGUUAGAAAGGCAAAUAUAAAUGAAGAUCCUUGUGUGUGAAUGGUGUCUACAGUGAUUCAUGAUGGCCUUACUAUUGUAUUGUUUAUGUACUACAAAGAUAUUUUAAAAAUAUUAAUUUAUGUUCAAAUCUUUAAAGUGACUGGAGAUUGAUGACAAUCAUAUUUACUCAUUAUCGGACCCCUUAUCAAUUUUUGUUUUUUUCCCCAGAAUUGUGUAUUAAGCAGAACUUGUUAUUAAAUAAUGAAACCAAAA